UGUCAGGUGUACACAGCGCUGUCUGCCCUAUAUAUUUGUAAUGUGACACAGAUAAAACAGAUACAGCUAAGCGGUGGAGCCUACAGUAAGCUUCGCGAACGCCAUGACGCUGGAGCCAUAGAUGCAGUGAGAGGAUGUUGAAGCGAGAAUGGCGCCCCUUCCUAAUCCUGAUCGUUGUCUGUGUGUGUAACUGGAGUUUACCCUCGGUGUAUUGCUUCCGAUUUAACAUGGACAGGUGCCGGAUUUGCUCUGAUAGGAACGAUGUCAGAUGUCGUAUGCAGCAGAUGAAUUUUAAUUGUUUCCCAGGAUACGACAAGGAUAUCUGGAAGAGUGAGAAAUGGCCAGGCUCGGCUCGAGAUCUCCGAGCUCAGGUGAACCGCAAGGAGAAUGGAAAAUUGAUGGUGGCAGACUUUCGAUGGAAACCACCACAUGACUCCUCUGUAGACGAACUGACCGGGUUCCAAAUCCAAGUCAAUGUUCAAGAAGACACAUCCAUUUCACAUCCCGUCUGCUUCUUUGCAAAUCUCAGUGGCACAAACUGGACGCGGCUACCGAACAUACAUGAUAUUGAUUUCGUCUUUAACUGCGUGGAGUCCUCAGAGAUUGCCAAAGUGACUGUGUACGUCACUAGCAUCCCAAUGCCCAGCAAGAAGCACAAACGAAUCGCCGCUGAGCUGGUCAUGAUCCCAGGUUAUUCAUGGAAGCCAGAGAUUAGGAUAUGGACGACGCUUAGCCACAACAGCUAUCAAGUCCACCUCUGGUUCUCUCCCUUGUAUCCAGGGGCUGAGUACCAUAAAGUACAGCUUCACAGUGAUCGCCAUGAAAACAGUACAGACCUACCAGCACCUUUAGGAAACUUCACCUUUGAAAAUGUGCCUUGUAAGAAGAAUUACACAAUUCAAAUUAGACCAUAUGACAAUCAAAUGGCUUUAUUAGACCACUAUUUUUCAUCAAAGACUGUUGCAGUUGGAGACUGUGUGGCUACUGUCAGCCGCCAGCCAGAGCCGGUGGUGUCCAAGUUGGUCACCCUCGUCAGUAUUCCUGUUCUCCUGGUGGUGGUUGGCACCAUCACUGGUUUCUUUUUCUUCAGAAGAGAUAGUGUUGACUGUAAACUACGAAGACACUACAGCCCAGCAGAUAGCAGCGAAACAACCCCAAACAACGCAGACUGUACCAUAGUAUUACCUGUGUUUUGCGAUGACAGUCUACAGCUCAGAAACGCUGUCCUUUGUUUGAAAAAUCUAAUACACGCCAUCAGAGGAUGCAAGGCCCAGUUUGCAGAAGAAAACCUGAUGGAAGGUUUCUCAAGUGAUUAUCUAAAAUCUAACAGCUUCUAUCAAGUGGCAAUCAUAUCUAGCAAAAGCUUAAUUCAAAUCUAUGCUGCCCUUGAGAAAAAUCGAUCUCAAGUUCCCAGGCAUUUACAUGUUCAUAAUAAUGAAAAUCUUUCAAGAGAAAGUCAGGCUUUCUUGAACUGUGUUUCGUCCUUGGAUAAUAUCCACACCGCAGUAGCCUCAAAUCAGCAACGAAUUAGGAAGCCCAUCCUUAUUUCAUUUUUCCCAGAUAUCGAGACAACUAUUUUAAAUCCAGACAUUCAAGAACAGUUUGUGUUGUCUGAUGUAGUUGAUAUGAAUGGCAAUGUCCAAUGUAUUAUUAGAGAUGCUGAAAUCCGUAAAUUGGUCAACUUUUUACAUGAUAACGACGAAACUCUACUUCAUGAGGAAUUUGCUUCCUCUAGGCCGGAAGCUCAGGACUUAUGUGAAGCGCUCCGUAAUUUGUAUAAAAUGGAAAUGAGAAACAUACCCAACAAAAGAUUAGAGGAGUCCAUUAAGACAUUUAUUGGGGAGGAUGAAAGUGAAAGGCGCUUGGUUAACAAUCGGGAGACGGUUAUGAACUAUCAUAUAUCAGCUCAUGGGGACAACAGGUGUAUUGAUGUUAAUCCUGCAGUUUGGCCAAUGUUGCAGCGUAACCCAAAAGAAACGGUGUUUGAUCCAUAUGACAUACAGUUCCACCAUCACACAUACAUGGAGGGCGAAUUCUCGCUUCCCAAUUCCAGGAUUCACCCUGACAGCGGAUAUGUUUCAUUGGUUCAGUCCGAUCAGGAGCGAUGCUUUUUCACUGUAGGUAAUGUAGCAGAUUUUAUCCCUCCCCUGGAGUCGGAUACUGACAGUGUCGACAAUCAAUCUCUUUGCCAAAAAAUGUUGGAGUUUAAUCAACGAAAUUUGACGAAGUGGAAUGCAGUUACCAGUUAGGUUGUUAUCAGUUCAGUCAUUAAAUGAUGACAUUUUGGUGGUUUUAGAGGUAAACUCGGGCAUUAUGUCAAAUACUUGUUUUAUAAUUCAAGUUAU